AUGGAAGAAAUGGUCAAAUUGAAUGAAACCACAGGUAGCCAGGUGACUGAAUUCAUUCUCAUGGGCAUCACAAACCGCCCUGAGCUACAGGGGCCCUUCUUUGUUGUGUUUUUCCUCAACUAUAUGGCUAUAUCUCUUGGAAACCUGGGCAUUAUCAUCCUAACCAGUGUUGAUUCCCACCUCCAAACCCCAAUGUACUUUUUUCUCCGGCAUCUGGCAUUUGUUGAUCUUGGUUAUUCCACAGCUAUUGGACCAAAAAUGCUAGUUGGUUUCAUAGAGGAGAAAAAUAUAAUUUCCUAUAAUGGGUGUGCAAUACAGCUAGUUUUCAUUGUGAUUUUUAUUACCAGUGAACUUUUUAUCUUGUCAGCCAUGGCCUAUGACCGCUAUGUGGCUAUCUGUAAGCCCCUCCUUUAUAUGGUCAUUGUAUCAGACAGAGUAUGUUGGAUCUUGGUGGCUCUCUCAUACCUCUAUAGCAUCAUGGUAUCCCUACUUGUAGCAAUAAAGCUUUUUAAAUCAUCUUUUUGUAAAUCAAAUGUAAUAAGACAUUUCUACUGUGAUGGUCUUCCUCUAUUGUCCAUUCUGUGCUCAGACACAAGUGAGAUUGAACUAAUCAUUAUGAUCUUUGCCGCAUUUAAUUUUGUUUCUUCCCUCUUGAUUAUCCUGGUCUCCUACAUGCUCAUUCUUGUGGCCAUCAUCAGGAUGAACUCAGCUGAGGGUAGGGAGAAAGCCUUCUCCACUUGUGGCUCUCAUCUAACAGUGGUUAUUAUAUUCUAUGGGACACUUGUCUUCAUGUAUCUGCAGCCCCAAUCUAGCCAUUCCUUUGACACAGACAAGAUGGCCUCUGUGUUUUACACUCUGGUCAUUCCCAUGCUCAACCCUUUGAUUUACAGCUUGAGGAACAAAGAAAUGAAAGGUGCCUUGAAAAGACUGUUUAAAAAAUGUUUUAAGCAUUCUUUCAAUGCCUAA